AUGACGCUCCACCUUCACUCCCUCGCUUCGAAUACGACGGGAAAUGCCUAUUGUGGGGGUUUCCCGCCACCUCAAGGUCGAGGCUCGCUGGAUAAACGAGCACUUCGGCAGCUGUGGAAGAUCCCCACCGCUUGGCGUGUGGUGGAGUAUCUUCGCCAGACUUUUGCAACCUGGACGUUGAAUGGAUGGCUUUUACGUGGAUGGCAACGACAGCACCCCUCUCAUGGCGGCGGCGAUGCACCACCGAAUUUAUCUUCCGCCUCUGAACCCCCAACCACCCUUCGAUCAAGGCAGGAGGGGAUGGAAUCCAACCCUACGGAUCUUGGGUAUGCUCCUUCUAGGGAUUCGAUUUCCGCCACCAAACGAACCCCGACGAAGGUGUUUCAUGAAAGGGAACUCUCCCCACUCAGUGUUGAAAGUCAUCCUUCUCGGGUUGCCGUGGAGGACUUGACGGAAAGCGGGAUUCAUCUGGUGUUUAAGGUUCUUUUCAUAGAGGCGGUCUACGGCCUGACGCAUGCCUUUGGGGAUUUGGUGUGGGUUCAUUCAUCGUUUGAAUUCAGACCACGCCCCAUGGUGCCACCUUCUAAGCUUCCAAUGGAGGCUGGAAACGCGUCUGGGACGACUCCAUGUGGGUUUUUUCCCGCGAAUUGGAAGGAUUCUUCAUCCAAAGAGGUGGAAAGGGAGCGGGUUUUGGAUUCACGGUCCUGGACGUUGGUGAUACCUGACACCGUGCUGCGCGCUUUCCCUCUUCUCACCAACCAUUAUGUGUACGUAGCAAAACCUUUUUUCGUCUACCCGGAUCUGCGCUGCAUCCUAUGCUCCUAUAAUAUCACCUCUGAAGGGCUGGUGGCGGAGCAUUGUGCGGCCUAUGAAUCCGCCGUAGAGGCCACACGCGGUUCGUUUCCAAGCAAACCGAGAGGCAGCUCGAAACCAACAGGUGAGGGUGGUGAAACCGUGGAGGGUUCUUUCCCAGUUGUCAACCCCACUCAGGGAAAGGGGAGGGUCUCUUCGCGUUUAUCCGUCGGUGUGAGUCCGAGCCGAGCAGGGGAAAAGCCCCCUCCUUCCCUAGCUAUUACGCCUUCCAAAGAUCUUUACGAUCCGUUGGCGUACCCUAUCUUUGGUCGCGGUCUCCAAUCCUCGGAAAAGGAUCCGGGCGAUGCGGCGGCUUGGGAUCCACUCGGAGGGGGGUUUCCCCGCGGCCCUGGUGCGGAGUGGGAGAUCCCUCUCGAAGUGCUACGGGCCCUUCGCUCAGCUCAUAUGAAUGGCGCUCAUUCCCCACCCUCAUUUCCACAAAAGGGAAGAGGGCUUCAUGGAGCGCCAAGGCCUUCGUUGGAGGAGGGUGAGGUUAGAUGGAUGUUAUCCUAUCCGUCGAACUCGUCUUUAUCAUCGGGCGGCUUUCAGGCAGAUCUGUGA